AUGUCAUACCUAGUUGGAUUCAUGGAAAGCCAGUUUGAGGACAAAACCAACAUAGAGAAGAAUGCAGAAGUCAGGGAAUUGCAGAACAUCUCUCCGGCAAAAGCUCUCCUUGAUCCCUCUCCAGAAGAGAAGAGGAAACACAAGAAGAAACACUUGGUGCAGAGACCCAAUUCCUACUUCGUGGCCGUGAAAUGCCCUGGAUGCUAUAAAAUCACCACUGUCUUUAGCCAUGCACAAAUAGUUGUUUUGUGUGUUGGCUGCUCCACUGUCCUCUGUUUGCCUAUAGGAAGAAAAGCAAGGCUUACAGAAGGAUGUGCCUUCACAAGGAAGCAGCACUGA